AUGGCGACCAUUUCGAGCACUUCGCUGGAAGAAAUGUUCGCUCAGCUGAUGCAGCAGAAUGCUGUUCUCAUGAAAGCGAAUCAAGGGCUUUUACAACGCUUGGAACAUCCUGCCGCUCCUGCGACGCUAGCCGACUUCUCAGCAUUAUCAUCGCGACUGCCGUGUUUCACCUAUGAUCCAGACAGCGGCUGCAUUUUUGACUGA